AUGGCUUCCCCACCGCCUACCGGAGACCACUCGUCCUAUAGCGACAAGCAGAUUGCGUCCAACAUCGACCAUGGUAAAGAGGUCGUCCCGCAGACACAGCCAUAUCCGGACGCCUAUGCAUUUGCCAAUCCUAACAACACAAACAACGACAGUACAAAUGGCGGCAGCGGAGGUGGAGGCUUGGAAGCGGCUGAUCAACUUCUAACGGAUGCUCCAGAGAACCCUGCCUGGUCCAAGCAAAGUUCGAAACGAAAGUUCUGUGGUCUGAGCCGCAGAGCCCUCAUAAUCGUGCUCGCCGUAGCUACGGCUUUGAUAGUCGCCGCCAUCAUCGGAGGAAGUAUAGGAGGUGUACUUGCAAACAAAAACAAGUCAGACAGUGCAAGUGCCGACUCAGCAAAGACCAGCAGCACGUCUUCCGCUACCGCAAUCCCGACAGCAGUCGCGACUACCUCUGCGUCCGCUUCUACAGCCACCUCCGAGCCUGCUACUUCCACGACAACCCGGUCCUCAUCCUUGUCCACAAGCACAUCCACCACCUCCACCGCCUCUGCUUCUACUGCCACAACCACCGGCGAGGGAAGCUACAAUUGUCCCGCAGACAACAACACAAACUAUGUGUCCCCCUUGUUCACCGACGCAACCUGGACUAUUCUCUGCGAUACAGAUUGGCCAAGUGGGGUCGCAGCCCUGAGCGGCGGAUCUGUGGUCGACCUGACUGCUGUCAUUGCGUACAGCAUUGACGAGUGCAUCGACCAAUGCGCUGCAAACAAUAUCGCUGGCGAUGGGUGCCAAGCGGUCGUCUACGGCGCCAACAUUACUCUUGCACUCAGUAGGGGAGGUAUUCAGGGGAACUGUUUUCUUAAAAAUGACCGUGGCGCAGAGAACAGUGUUGAUAACAGUGGGCAGGUAGAAGCGGCAUAUCUGUUGUUGGAUAGCUAA